AUGGCCAGUCUAUUCAGAAGACUUAUUACACGAUCUUAUUCACAAACAUCAUCAAGUGUAUCGCAAAUGGAGUCCUACCUGGCUUUACACGAAGUCUCCAAAGACUGUUAUCAGAACUCCACUCAGUUGAAAGUUCCUUGGAACGGAAGAGGUGUUUUCGGUGGAACGCUGGUGGCACAGUCGUUACAUGCGGCCCAUCUUACGGCUGGUGAGAAGUUCCGCCCACUCAGCAUUCACAGCAACUUUUUGGUUGCUGCCCAGACCGAUACUCCAUUGCUGUACCAGGUGGAACGCAUUCGCGAUAGCAAAAAUUAUUGCACGCGGCAAGUGCGGACCAUCCAGAACGGUCAAGUGGUAUUCAUGGCCAUGGUUUCAUUUGAAGCCAAAACUCUGGAGGGAUCUGCCGGGAAAGCUGGUCCCCAGUUUGACGACCAUCGUGCCCCUCCAGUUGUUGGAAAAGAUGUCCCUCCAUUAGAGGAAUGUUUUGACGAGCAUAAAGCAUUUGGAAACUGGAUCGACCAACUCUCUGAAUACCGUCCUAAGGCGACUCUGGCAACUCAGGAUCAGAUUGUAGCAGGUUACGGUGAUGAGCCAUGCACUUGGAAACUACCCCAGGAUGUUUUCGAUUUGGACCAUGUUGAUCCCAAGGAAUACGAUCUCACUCCAACUGAACGGGCUGUUACAUAUUGGGUAAAGGCUAGAGGAACGAUACAAGAUGCUUCUUUUCACCAGAAAGCAAUCGCCUACAUUUCUGAUUAUUUCUAUCUGACGCUCAACAUGAGGCUCCACAUGAGACCAAUGUUCUCUACCAAGUUUGCAGUCAGUCUUGAUCACACCGUGUAUUUUCACGAGGAUGUCAAGGCAGAUGACUGGAUGACUUUUUCGAUCAAAUUGAGAUCCUGUGAGCGUGGGAAGGCUCUUUUGAUUGGAGAUUUGCAUUCCAAGGAUGGAAAAUUGGCAGCCACAGUUAUCCAGCAGGGCAUGUCUAUGCAUAGUGAGAAGCCAAAACUGUGA